AUGUGGCACAAUACCAGCGAUACUGUCAAGAAAGCGAGUAUAGCCACGAAUACUAUACCAAACAUUGCAUUUUACAACAGACUUAUGAAGCAAAGAGUAGUCACGGAAAGGGGUGGCGAAAAAACGGCCAUUUCACUUUUAUCCGCGUUUGAAUAUCCUCAGCAGAUAAACGUCAUGGUUACCUCUAUUGCUAGAUAUGGAGAUAAAAUCUAUUGCCGCUACUUUGACAUGUUGAUGCAAGAGAUCGGAAAUCCUUUUGAGAGUGUUGUGUUUCCCAAAUACACCAUAAUGUGCUUGCGAAGAGAGGGAGCAAGAUUUAUGUCACUUUCGGAAACGUCUAGUGGGCAAUACGAAUACCCAGUACCGAUUACGGAUCGAACACAAUCAGAGCCAACUCAUUUCUUGUCAAUUUGCUUAUCUCCUAUAUACGGGACAGAACCGAAAUGGCUUCAGCUUGCCGAGCUUGUGGAGCAUUACAAGAUCCAGGGAGCAACAUACUUCUACAUAUACUCUAAGUAUAUCGAUGCGUAUAGCCGCAUUUUAUUGGAUGAUUAUGUUCGCACCGGAGAUGCAGAAGUCAUAAUUCUUCAUGAUCAUUCUGAAAGAGAAGAUUAUCGUUGGCAAUUUAUGGAGAUUCAUGAAUGUCUAAAUCGUGCACGAGGACAUUCUAGAUGGGUAGCAUUCGUUGACCUGGAUGAGCGACUGACACCAACAGACUAUUCGGGGACGGGUCUGACUGAUGAUAACAUUGGUGGAAUUCGAUUUCGACAGCGUUGGAUAUUGAAAAACGAGACGCUUCCUGAAAGAUAUGUAGAUGCAAAUCAGGUCUUAAUUAUGUAUGUACACGAUGUAGCUGUGUUUUUCGAAAACUAUACAAUGUAUCGAAUGAAACCCGAAGAAGGAGUUAUAAGGCACUAUCGAGACGUGAAUGCUGGCCAAUGGAGUAAGAAAUGGCUGGGUGGAAUUGAACGAAUGGGCAAUUUUUCAAUGACAGAUUAUCCCGAGAAAUGGGCUAACGAAUUACUAUCGAAGGUGCAAAAACGUAUUCAUUACGUAUACGGACCAAAGAAGUAG